AUGGGCGCAAGAUCAGGCGUCACUCUCAAGUUCCUCCAGUGGUUCAUCCGCGGAGUCCAGUUCGGGUGUGCUGCCCUCAUCCUCGCCAUCUACUCGUACUUUCUCGCCGCCCUCCACAACCACAAGCUCCCCAUCAGCGACACCGUCCGCGCCGUCGAGGGAAUAUCAGGCAUUGCCGUGCUCUACACCCUCGCUGGUCUGCUCCUCCUCUGCUGUCUCGCGGGACGGACCCUCUCUUCUUUCAUUGCCAUUAUUCUCGAUGUCGCAUUUAUCGGCGCAUUCAUCUACGUUGCCGUCGCCAACAAGAAUGGAGCCGGCAGCUGUGACGGCUAUCUAGACACUCCAUUCGGCAAAGGUAAAGCUAGCCAGACAGCCAAGGGAAGUGAUGGCUUCACGGCCCUUCCCAGCUAUCGCGUUGCUUGCAGACUUCAAUCCGCUUGCUUGGCCGUUUCCAUCAUUGCAAUCUUCUUCUUCGUCUUCUCCAUUCUCAUGGAGGUAGCCCUCGCCCGCCACCAUAACAAGGAGAAGCGCUUCGGCCCCAGCCCCGCCAACAACUACACCUCCGGCUACGGCAAGCGACCCGGCUUCUUCGCCCGUCUAUUCCGUCGCAAGACGGCCGUCGCCAACGACGACAACGAGCUUCCCGAGCACACCCACCCCGACCAGCUCGACGAUAACGCCCGCCAGAGCCACGGUACCGAGCGUACCGCUGUCAACAGCUACCCCGAUAGCACGUACAACAAGUACGACAGCAACGGCUACAGCUACCCCGACGCCAAUCACGGCCGUCAGGACGGGUACGGGCAGAUUCACUAUCCGGAGCCCGAAUACGGUGUCACGCAGCCGCCUCACAACAAUCACAACAACCCGAAUUACCGAUAUGACGACGGUGUCUACGAUCGUGCUUAA